UGUCGCAAGUGCAACUCGCAUCGUUGCAACAGCAACAUCAGAGAGGCGGCAAACGUGCGUGUGCCGUGUAAAUAACACGAAUAUAUAUAACAUAACCCUAUUAUAUACAGUGCCCGCCAUCAGUGUAUGCGUGUCGGAGAGUGCAACGUGAGCCAAGCCGGCCGCCAAGACGAAAAAGGAAAAAAGAAGAAAAAAUACCGCCGGAAAAGUCGCGCCUGAUAAUAAUGUUGUGUGUCUAAUGAAAGGCAAGGCAACGACGUGGAGCAUUAAAAUCCCAGGCCGCAUAAAUCUCUGGCAUCGCAUUCGAAAUUCUAAUUUCCGUGGCGCGUAAUACGGAAAAUAAACAAACAGAACAAGAGUAAAAACAAAAGCACCAAAAAGCAAAAUAACAACAAAGUUGAGCCCGAAACCAUUAACAUUUUGCAGCUUCAAUCACGGCAGCAGUGAGUGUGCCAGGAAGAAAUUAAAUAACUGAAACAAACAGGAUAGCAGAACAUCAGGAUAACGGGGGCAGAGGCAAAGGAAAAAGCAAACAAAAACGCUAAACAAAAGCAAAAAAUAAAGAGGAAAAACGACGGCAGUAAUAACAAACAAAUCAAGCGAAAUUCGGCAUUUAAAAUCCAGACAUAAAAAAUGUAAUGGAAAGCAUUAGUGCUCAUAAAAAAUGGAUUUACACAGCCUUUUUAAGGCCAUCCUGAUCCUGUAUGUCAUACGAGCCGAGACCAGCCAGAUUGUGAAUGGACUGGAUCUGCAGGGACCGAUAUUCCUACACGAGCCACCGCAUCGCGUCGAGUUUUCCAACAAUUCGGGUGGACUUAUAGAAUGCUCGGGCACCGGCAGUCCGCCGCCGGAGGUGGAAUGGACACCCAUACCGCCGCAGCAGGACAUGGUGUUCCAGCUCUCCAAUGGCAGCAUGAUGUUCUAUCCCUUUACCGCCGAGAAGUACCGCCACGAGGUGCAUGCCACCGUCUACAGAUGCAAAAUUCGCAAUUUGGUGGGCACUGUGCUCAGUCGCGAGGUUCACGUGCGCGGCGUCGUCAACCAGAAGUACACGGUGCAGGUGCACGACGAAUACGUGAUGACGGGCAACACGGCGGUGCUGAAGUGUCAGGUGCCCAGCUAUAUGUCGGAAUUCGUGAUGGUUACCGCCUGGGUGCAGGACACCGGUAUGCAUCUAUAUCCAAACACGGACAUCGGUGGCAAGUACACGGUGCUAUCGAAUGGCGAAUUGUACAUAAAUAAUGCGGGGCCCAAUGAUGCGUACAAAAGCUACACAUGCCGCACUGUAAAUAGACUGACAGGUGAAAUACAAAUUUCCACAUAUCCCGGCCGCAUUAUUGUAACGGAGCCCAAGGGCAUGGUACAGCCGCGCAUCAACGUGGAGAAGCAUUCGAUGCGGCAUGUUGUCCUUAAUGGCCAAACAACGUUGCCGUGCAUAGCUCAAGGACAUCCGGUGCCGACAUAUCGGUGGUUCAAGGAGGAGAACGAACAGCUGCUGCCAUUGCAACUCAGCGAACGCAUCACCAUCGUAUCCGCAGGACUCCUUAAAAUCACCAAGGCACGUCUCGAGGAUAGUGGAAAAUAUUUGUGCUGGGUGAACAAUACGGCGGGCGAGGAGACCAUCCAAGUGUCGCUAACGGUGACAGCUCCUCUGACGGCACACCUGCAGCCACAGGUGCAGACGGUCGAUGUGGAUAAGGAUGCGCAAUUUCAAUGCAUUGUCUCGGGACAUCCGGUCCACGAUGUCAACUGGCUGCACGAUGGCAAGCCCAUCCUGCGGGACAAUCGUGUCGAGAUCCUCACCGAUCCCCCUCGACUGAUCAUUAAGAAAGUGCAGAAGGAGGAUCCUGGCAUGUACCAAUGCUUCGUCUCCAAUGAAUGGGAACAGAUUGAAUCCACCGCCGAGCUGCAGUUGGGCGAUGCCUCGCCGGAACUGCUUUAUUGGUUCUCCGAGCAAACGUUGCAGCCGGGACCGACGGUGUCAUUGAAGUGCGUCGCAACCGGAAAUCCACUGCCUCAAUUUACAUGGUCUCUGGACGGAUUUCCGAUCCCAGACAGCUCACGGUUUUUAGUGGGUCAAUAUGUUACCAUCCACGACGAUGUCAUCAGCCACGUGAAUAUAUCAAACGUCAAGGAGGAGGACGGCGGGGAAUAUACCUGCACGGCGCAGAAUGCAAUUGGCAAAGUCUCUCACAGCGCCAAAGUGAACAUCUAUGGGUUGCCUUACAUACGCGAAAUGCCAAAAAUAACCGGGAUCUCUGGCUCCGAUUUGAUUGUUAAAUGUCCCGUGGCUGGUUACCCCAUCGAUAAAAUCCACUGGGAACGCGAUGGCCAAACGCUACCCAUAAAUCGCCGGCAGCGUGCCUACAACAAUGGCACCUUAAUUAUCGAGCAAUUGCAGCGCCUGGAGGAUGCGGGCACGUACACGUGCAUGGCCCAGAACAAACAGAAGCAGACAUCGCGACGGAAUGUGGAAAUACAAGUUCUGGUGCCACCGAAAAUCAUGCCCAUCCAGGCCAUGACGAACAUGCUCCGGGAGGGGAUGCGAGCGGCCAUAUCCUGCCAGAUCCUGGAGGGUGACCUGCCCGUGAGUUUCCGCUGGGAGCGUAACGGAAAGCCGCUGAUAGGAACUGGCAAUGAGGUCUUCCGUCGACUGGAUGAGUACUCUGCCAGCUUGGUCAUCGAACACAUAUCCUCCGAUCAUUCUGGAAACUACACCUGCAUUGCCAGCAAUGUGGCAGGAACAGAGAGAUUCACUGUACCGCUAACCGUCAAUGUGCCGCCGAAAUGGGUCCUGGAGCCAAAGGACUCGAGUGCCCAGGCAGGAUCGGAUGUCCUGCUGCAUUGUCAGUCAUCGGGUUAUCCCAAGCCCACGAUGACGUGGAAGAAGGCCAUUGGACCUACGCCUGGAGAGUACAAGGACUUUCUGUAUGAGCCCACAGUGCAGCUUUUCCCCAAUGGCACCAUUUUCUUUAAGAAAAUCAGCAAGGAGUCGCAGGGUCACUUCCUGUGCGAGGCCAAGAACACCAUAGGAUCUGGUGUUAGCAAGGUUAUCUUUCUGAAAGUUAAUGUGCCCGCCCAUUUUCAGACCAAGACGAAACAAAUAUCGGUGGCCAAGGGCAAACAGGUCCAUGUGCAGUGCAACGUGCAGGGCGACAAUCCCAUCGACUUCAAAUGGAAAAUUCAGGCAACGCAACAGUAUCUUGACGAGUCACUGGAUUCCCGCUACACCAUCCGAGAUCAAGUGCUCGACGACGGCAUGGUCUCCGAAUUGGGCAUCUCGCACACAUAUCGCCAGGACACGGGCAUUUAUAUCUGUCAGGCGAGCAACGCAUUUGGACAGGACGAGAUGUCCAUCCAGCUCAUUGUGCAGGAGGUCCCGGAGCAGCCAAAGAAUCUAAGGAUCAACUCGCAACAGUCGCGCAGUUUGCAACUCACCUGGAGUCAGCCCUUUGCCGGUAACAGUCCCAUUGAAGAGUAUCACAUCUACUACAAGCAGAUAUCAGACAUUUGGCAAAACUCUGAGCACCUGACCAUUGCCGGUUCUGUGACCGUGGUAAACAUUCAGCAGUUACGACCGGCCAAGGCCUAUCACAUUCGCAUGUCUGCUGAGAAUAAGCUGGGAGCCUCCGAAUUCUCCGAGGUAGUCCAGGUGACCACUCUGGAGGAGGUGCCCUCGGGUCCUCCAUUGGCUGUGCGAGCCGAACCCAAGAGCUCCACCGAGAUCUUUGUCACCUGGGAUGCUCCGGAGCGAGAUCACUGGAAUGGCAUCCUACUCGGCUACUAUGUGGGCUACCAGAUGUCACUCACGCCCGAGGACAAGGAGGUGAAUCCCACCCAGGGUUUCAGCUUUAAGACUGUGGAGGUGCGCUCCCACUUUGGCGGGGAGACGGUGCUGGCCAACCUCAACAAGUACACCCAAUACCAUGUGAUUGUCCAGGCCUAUACCAGUCAGGGCAGUGGACCGCCCAGCAAGGAGAUUGCCGUGCAAACAAUGGAGGAUGUUCCCUCCGCACCACCAGAGUCGCCGCAGUGCGAUGUCCUCGGCUCCACAUCGAUUUAUAUCACCUGGUCGCCGCCGGACAUUGACGGCCAAAACGGCAAAAUCAAGGGCUACAAAGUGUUUUACAUAUCGGUCGACGAGCUCUACGAAACCGAUCCGGAGGUUGUCAAGUCAACAAAUCAAUACGUCACCAUCGAGAAUCUGCGCAAGUACACCAACUACACGGUCUGGGUUUUGGCUUACACCAAAGUAGGCGAUGGCAUGAAAACCAAACCGUUUUAUUGCCGCACCCACGAGGAUGUGCCCUCCGCUCCGCAGGCCAUCAAGGCGAUACCCGCGUCAAGCACAAAAAUCAUAAUAUCCUGGCUGCCCCCCGACCUGCCCAACGGUGACAUUACCGGCUACACCUUCUACAUGUCCAUGCUGGAGGGUGGACGCGAGGAGGGCACUCACAAGCGCCUGCUUGGACCCUAUGUGGAGAUGCAUGAGACUGUCCGUACUCAGGAAUCAGCCACAUAUCAGUUUUGGCUAACUGCCUCCACCAAGAUGGGCGAGGGAGAGAAAACCGCAGUGGUAACAGUGCCGCCAAAUAACAAGGUACCAGCAAGGAUCGUAUCCUUCAGCCAGCGAAUAGUUACCCCCUGGAAGGAGCAUUUGGAGCUGCCCUGCCGGAAGGUGGGCUCUCCUGCGCCAGUGACAAUUUGGCGACAGGAUGGACACAACAUGGAGACGAGUGCUCGAAAGACUAUAGCCAAGAAUGGAACAUUGUACAUGAAGGAGUGCCAGGCGAGCGAUGCCGGCAACUACACCUGCAGCGUGGAGAAUACCUGGGGCAAGGAUGAGAUCGUGUACAAUAUAGUGGUGAAGGUGCCACCAGAGGCACCCAAUCUCACCGUGGUCAAUACCUACACGGAUAGCCUGCUUUUGGAGUGGCUGGACAAUAGCCACGGCGGUAGUCCUAUCCUUGGUUAUGUCAUAAACUACAAGAGGGAUAAUGGUGACUGGGAGGAGUUGCAGGUGGAUGCCAAGACCACCUCGCACCUGCUGAACAAUCUGUGGUGUGGCACUCGCUAUCAGCUUUAUAUAACGGCCUAUAAUAAGAUAGGAACGGGUCUGCCCUGCGAUAUAGUCAACUCCUACACGAAGGGUAAUCCUCCGGUGCAACCCAAGCACUCGCAAAUGAUCACCAACAACUCGACGAGUGUCACCUGCUGGUUGGAUUCCUGGGGAGAUGGCGGCUGUGGCAUCCUCUACUUCAUGAUUGAGUCAAGGGUGUAUGCAAGGUCCUCCUGGACAGUGGUUUCCAACCACAUAGCACCCACGGAGAGGAUCUAUACGGUCAGUGAUCUGACGCCGGGCACCAAGUACCAACUCAAGGUGACGGCCCAUAACAAUGCGGGUUCCACAACGGCUAUUUACAACUUUACUACGCUGUCUACUCAAGGAGUUAUGUACAACAACGACCACUCCACGCCUGUCUCCCACCUGAGUGACCUGCCCUUCUAUGCCAACUUUAAACUGCUGCUGCCCAUCUGCGUUUCCCUUCUGAUGCUGCUGGCCCUCAUAGGAGCCGCUCUUUUUCUACGCAAAAGAAAACUGAGUAACCAAGCCCGGCUGGCCGGCUCCUCGAUGUCGGAGUCCCCAUCGCUGGCCAAUCUGCAGAACAAGCAAAACAGGGACCAACAAUAUCUGGCCGUGCGCUGUAAUCCUGGAACCUCUGCUCCGCGGGGCUCCAACUCCAAUGACUCGGGGAGCUUUGGCAAGGCGGAGGGUAACGAGUACAUCGAGGACAUCUGUCCCUAUGCCACCUUUCAACUGAAUAAGCAGACCUACAGCGAGAGCUCCUACAGUGGCAAUGUGUACAGUGGACCCUAUCAUUCGGUGCGCGGAUCCUUUGUCUACCACGAUGUCAAGCCGGAGAGCUAUCAUUCCAAGGAGCCGGAGUACACCAAGGUGCGGCGAAAAGUGGGCCGCCUCAGAGAUCCACACUCGGAGAGCCAAGAAUAUGACACACUCGGCUCCGAGUCCGACAAUGAUGUGUCUGCACGCGCUCUAAACUCGGCCAAGUAUCGCGCCCAACGUGAUACCCAAGAUGAGACCUCGUCCUCUUCCGAGACCACACCCACUAGCAUGACCCGGAAAUCGAAGCCACCGUUCGCUGCCCGGAAGGCUGGUAAGCCCGGAACGAGCGGCAAGCGACAUGUCCGCAGUUCCAGUGGCUACUCCAGCCACAAUGAAGAAACUACUUUUAGCAUAUCCAACUAUCCACCAAACUAUCAGGACCACAUAAAUCCACCAGCUCGUUUUUCGGAUGCCAACGACAAGACGAAGACCCAGACAUCGCCACGAAUGCGUGCCAACCAGAAGCUGCAGCGGGAGGCUUUCCAGAUAAAUGUCUAAGACCGGAGCCCGAUCCGCACCCAGGGGGGAGUUAAUUUUAAAGCCUAAUCUUAACUGAAUGUACUAUAUAAGCGCGAAAAGAUACUGUACAAUUUGUUGUAAGUCCACCCAGUAAUACGGAAAUCGAAUCAAGACUUGGACAGACUUUUGACAGAAGGAGCCUCACUUCCAAAACUAAACCAAAGAUCCUAUAAAGAAUAAGAUGCGGAAGUCAAAAACAUUUAGCAUUUUAUUCUUUAUGUUAUCUUUGGUUUAUCGUAAAAAAAACAAUACCUAGAAAGGAUAACUCAACUAUUUACAAAGGAAGAAAAGCGUUCAAGAAAGAACAUCGGUAGGAACAGAUUUUCCUGGGGGAUGGAUUUUGAUUUUCAACUUAAGAAUCGAAUGGCAAACAGCACGAGAAAUAAACCAUAAGACUUAUUUACACACUGAUUAUGCUUAGUUGAACUUCAAGAGCAGCGUAAGUGUAAUGAAUAUAAAGACGAGUCGACCGACGGAUAUAAAUAAAUUAAUGUUAUAAAUCCUAAAUUAAGCAUUUAAUGUAUAAUAAACUGAACUGCGGCAGGCCGCAGAUGAUGAUGAUGAUGAUGCUCUGCCGGCCAAAAUCGAGGAAAUCUAAGAAAAUCUCAAGGCAGGGCACAGAUGAAAUUAUAUAGUACUAUAUAUUACAUAUAUGCGCAUAACAAUACUAAACAAAACAAUGGGCCUUCGUGCUGAUUAUUUGCAUUUUGUAGUGGAAUUAUGAACAUUAUUUCGUUGAACUAAACCAAACAUUGUUUGUUUCCAUUGAACCCAUUUUUGCAUCAGUUUGUAAGUGUUUUGCGACAAGAAGAAUACUUGACAACUGUUAGCUAGUUACUUAAAUGAAUUAAAUUAAUUUACACGGGAAUACAAUAAUAUAUAAAAAACAAGAAUGCAUUCAGAUAGUUUAUGAAACUGUUGUACAUAGCUAAGCGUCAUACAAUUACUUCUACAAAUCGAAAAUAAUAUACAAUACCGGAAGCUAAGAGCGAGGAAAAAAUCGAUUUGAGCAUGAAUAAUAAAGAUUCCGAUAGAUCAUUGUUAAUUUUUUAAUAUAAAAGCCGCCAU